CCGUUGUUGAGGGAGGACACGUGUUUCAUAGGAGGGCAUUAGAAUCCCCUGUGCUGUGCCUGCCGGGGUCACCAUGGUAUUUUUUACCUGCAAUGCUUGUGGAGAGUCUCUGAAGAAAGGACAAGUGGAGAAGCACACAGCGGCUUGCAGGAACUGUCAAUGCCUCUCUUGUAUUGACUGCGGGAAGGACUUCUGGGGAGAGGACUAUAAAAAUCAUCUGAAGUGUCUCAGUGAGGAUCAGAAAUAUGGUGGGAAGGCCUUCGAAGCAAAAGCCAACAAGGGGGAUGUGAAGCAGCAGCAGUGGAUUCAGAAAAUUCAUGAAGUGAUGAAUAAACCUAGCAUUACUCCAAACAUGAAGAACAUCUUAAGUCAGAUUAGCACAUAUGAUAACAUUCCAAGGAAAAAAGCCAAAUUCCAGAACUGGAUGAAGAACAGCUUAAAAAUUCACAAUAACGUUAUACAAGACCAAGUUUGGGAGAUUUUCUCUGAAGCCACCAGCACCGUAACAGCUGGUAAAGAUGCACCAAAAUCAGCUGACAAAGCUGCUCCUGAAGAAGAAACAUCUCAACCUUCAGGAACAGUGGAAGAAACAAAGAAGAAGAGCAAGAGGGAACGCAAGGAGGAAAGACAGAAAAAUAAUAAGAAAGAAAAGAAAGAUGUAAACUCGGAGGAACCCACCGAGAACGAAACAAAGAAAAAGUGCAAGAAACGUAAAAUGCAAGAUGAGUGUCAGGAUAGUGAUAAUGAGGAUACAACAGACAAGAAGAAAAAGAAACGUGAAAAUGAUGGUGAGGAGAUGCAGGAGAAUGGCGUGGAAAAGUCCCAGGCCUCUCUCCAUUCCUCCUCAUCUAAAUCCUGUGCCUCUCUACCAGAACAAAGCAUUAUUAAUGAUUGGCAAGAUGACGGCUCAAAUAAGGCUGGAUAAACUGCUCACCUAUAUUUUGCAGUUAAAUUUAACUGGAAGGGAACUAUCAAAGCCUUAUUGAAGCAGGCUCCUGACAAUGAACUACCCAUCAAAAAGCUGAAGAAGAAGGUUAUCGCUCAGUAUUACACAGUAUCCUCUGCCCGGCACAAGUCUGAAGAGGAGCUUCUUGGUACCUUCAACAAGAAAAUACACGGCAAUCCAAAAUUUAGAGUACUGAAAGAGAGAGUAAAACUCCUAAAAUAAAAAAGAUACUUUUCUUCUACAUCCUGCAGGUUA